UGGUCAGUUAGCUAUUGACAGAACGGGAAGAAUGGGGAAAGAUGUCUUUAGGUGUGUUGAAUGCAACGAAAAGGCCCUGGAGUUACACAGGGAUUACAAUCACGGGAUCCUGAAGAUAACAAUAUGUGAGUCGUGCCAGAAGCCAGUGGACAAGUACAUUGAAUAUGACCCAGUUAUCAUCCUGAUUGAUGCCAUUCUGUGCAAGACGCAAGCUUUCAGACACAUUUUGUUCAACACAACCUUGAAUAUCCACUGGAAGUUGUGUGUGUUCUGCCUGCUGUGUGAGGCUUACCUCCGGUGGUCCCUGCUCCACCGCUCCGAGCCGAGCAGUGACCCUGCUGACAUCAUCAGGUACACCAAGGAAUGGGAGUUCUACGGCAUGUUUGGAUUGGCCGCCCUCGAGCUGUCGGCGUUCUGCGGCGGCGUGCUGUGGUUCCUGUGGGUGGCGGCGGGGCGUCUGCACGGCGGGCCUCUGGAGCUCAGCCCGCUGCUCAGAGCCCUGCUGCUGUCCUGCUACGGCAAGGUGCUCCUCAUCCCCGCCGUCAUCUGGGAGCACGACUACUCGCCGCUCUGCCUGGGCCUCAUCAAGCUGUUUGUGCUCACCUCCAACUCGCAGGCGAUCAGAGUGACCCUGAACAGCAGCAGGCGUCUGUCACUGAUGGCCGUGUGCUUGGGCCUGCUGUCGGAGACCUGCGUGUCUCAGGCCUGCAGCAGGUGGAGCGUCCAGGACCUGCUGACCUUCGAAUGAACGAGAGAACAUUUCGGUCACCGCACGAAGCGACGAGUGAUCCCGGGAGGUUUUUAAAUGAGCACUCUACGCGCUGCGGCAGGAGAAGGAAUGUUUUCUUUGAAGCGUUUUCGCUCCUCUAAGCCAACUGUCAAACGGAGACAGAGCGCAGCGGUAAGAGACGUUGUUAUUCAUAUUUCUACGUCCUUUUUAUAGAGAAAAAGAAUCCACCUUCAUUUCUGGAAAGAUGUCGAGGAGUUUCUGUUUUUCAUUUUGUAUUCUCGAGACUUUUUAGUGGGAUUUUGUUUGUGACUUUAUUGAGCCAGACGUACGGAGCGGAGCUCGAGCACGGGACAGCCCCCCUGACCUGAAUCACCGUCUCCAACACACACCCAGAGGUUUUGACAAUCACUACUUCUGUGUUUGGACAGGAACCAGACGGCACUCUGCACAUUCUUUUGACUCAUUGGUGAAAUGCUGAUCUGAACUCUCUCUCACACACACAUAAGCACACACACACACACACACACACACACACACACACACACACACACACACACACACACAUGUUGAAUUGUGAGAAUGAAAUGUGGUUAAGUGGAUAAAUAAAGCAGACAGAAUACUU